UUCUUCCUCCAACUUCUUCUUCUCCUCCGAGCAGUUCACAGGCGACAUGGAGAGGCGCAUUCCGUUCAGCUUCCUCCGCACCCCCAGCUGGGACCCCUUCCGCGACUGGUACCAGGGCAGCCGUCUGUUCGACCAGUCCUUCGGCAUGCCCUCCAUGCCCGAGGAGUUCAACCCCUUCCCCAGCACCCACUGGCCCGGCUACAUCCGCCAGGGGCUGCCCGCCGCCGCCGGCCCUGGAGACAUGGCCUCCCCAAUGAUGGCCUCCCCGAUGAUGGCCUCCCCGAUGAUGCCCAGCCAGGUGCCCAUGAUGCCGCCAGUCUCACCGGUCUACGCCCGCGCCCUCUCCCGACAGCUGAGCACCGGCAUGUCCGAGAUCAAACAGACGGCGGACAGCUGGAAGGUCAGCCUGGACGUCAACCACUUCUCCCCCGAGGAGAUCGUGGUGAAGACCAAAGACGGCGUGGUCGAGAUCACAGGAAAGCACGAGGAGAGGAGAGACGAGCACGGCUACAUUUCUAGAUGCUUCACAAGGAAAUACACACUGCCCCCUGGUGCUGACCUGGAGAAGAUCUCGUCCUGCCUGUCGCCCGAGGGCGUGCUGACCGUGGAGGCCCCCCUGCCCAAACCCGCCAUCCAGGGCUCCGAGAUCACCAUCCCCGUCAACGUGGAGCAUGGCAGCGUGGUCAAGAAAGAGUAGAACCAACCCAGACAUGUGACCACCCUGCAUCCCCUCACUCCAUACACACACACACACACACACACACACACACACACACAUACUUGACCUGCACAAACACACACACAAAUCUAACUUGCACACACACACACACACACACACACAUACUUGACUUGCACACACACACACACACACACACACACACACAGCCAUAAUCCCAUAAGCAGAAGGGAUGGUUUACAGCACUGGUGCGUGGUGCAGAGACAGAUAUACGUUUACAGUAUUGAUUCUGGGGAGGAGCAGAGACCUGAGCUCCACUUCCUCUGACUGGAUGUCCCACCAGUGCAGUCCGCAGAGCCUUUAUGGGGGAGAGGAGGCUGGUGGCGGAGGCUGUGUGUGUGUGUGUAUGUGUGUGUGUGUGUGUGAGUGAGUGUGUGUUUGUGUCAGAUCCCUCAUCUCUGCAUGUCUCUUGUUUAAUGAUCCAACCCAGGCUGGGAUCCCAGAGUACACACACACACACACACACACACACACACACACACACACAUAUCUGCCCCCAGCACCAUAUGGCUGCCACUGCAAUAAUUACACACUUCAUUUGAAUGAAGACAAACACACACACACACACACACAGAUGCACACACAGACACACAAACACACACACACACACACACACACACACCUUGAUCCAUCAUUUGCGCUAUUAAAUCUGCAAUUGCAGGCGCUUAAACAGCUGUGGGUUUUCUGAGCACUGCCCCCAACGCCGUCCACACACUGACCAUCCCCGCUGUCCUCACGCUGCCCCCAUCUCCGUGCUCCAGCUCUGUGAAGACGCUCAGAAAUAGCCACAGACUCCUCAACACCACUCCGACAGCCGCCACAGCCCUGGCCUCUAAAACUGUCCAAGACUGGUUCUUCCUUAAGAAACGUAUCUCUCGGAGAUAUCAUUUUACAGAUUUGUCCAUUUCUUCUCUGAGCGGAAAUGUUACUUUUUCAUCUAAUGUUGCGUUUGGAAAAAAAAAGCUUGUUGCAUGCAUAUGGAGAAUAAACUUUUCCACACAACA